AUUGUGUUCACGUGACGUCACGGUCCACAUUGCGCGUGGUCCGGGCUGCCGACGUGGCGCGCGAGCUCCUGUCUGGGCGGAAACGGGCAGCGCGCGCUGUCAGAGACACCGGGCACCAUGUCACAAGAAGAUGCAGUAAGCAGCAUCGCUGAACCCCCUGACACACAUUCAGACAAACAUGCUCCUGUAGUUGCUGACAAAACCAACGAGCCUUCUUCCAGUCCUUCCCUCCUGUUGGACACAUCAGGGCAUGAGCUGACCAGUGAGAGUGCAGAAGAAAGUGCUCCAGUCAGCCAGACCACAGAACCAUUGCAGGAACCAUCAGAGGAACACAGCUGUGAUCAGGUGACCGAAUGCAGCGAAACUGUGAGCUUGGACCCAGAAGCUGCAGAAGGGGAGGUGGAGCCUUCAGAGCAACCCACAUCUAAAAGUUGGGGUGGUUGGGGAUCCUGGGGGAAGUCUUUGUUGACGACUGCCAGCUCCACAGUAGGUCAUGGGUUAAGCUCAGUUCGGGAGAAAGCGGGCGUGGCCUUACGUAUGCGCAGCACAUCAUCAUGCGAGGAAGCCCUGGAGGUUGAAGAACAUCCUGAGGAGGACGUUGACUCAGCGGAUCAGCCCGUCAGCCCAACCAACAAAGGAGUGCUUUCCUCCAUCACCAGUGCUGUGCAAAACACGGGGAAGUCUGUGCUGACCGGAGGACUCGAUGCGCUGGAGUUUAUCGGCAGGAAAACGAUGAUUGUCCUGGCGGAGAGCGACCCGGGCUUUAAGAAAACUAAAAUCCUGAUGCAGAGGACCGUCUCACUCUCGCAGAUGCUGAAGGAAGCUAAAGAGAAGGCACGCGAGAGACUGAGCAACCAGAUGGUGUGUGAACCCACGGUUCAUUACGGUAUCCUGUUUGAUGAUUAUCAGGGUCUGUCUCACCUGGAAGCUCUGGAGAUCCUGAGCAACGAGAGCGAGGGGAGGGUUCAGGAGGUUCUUUCCUCCCUCGACGGCGAGACGUUGGAGAUCCUGAAGAAGGAGCUGAUCGAGAUUAAGGAGAUCUUUGAGGCGAGAGAGGAAGAGGAAGAGGAAGAAGAGGAGAAGAUGAUGGAGGCGGGUUCAGGGGGAAACGGUGAACUUUAUUCCCAAAUUCGCUCUUUCAGCCCGCUCUCUGCAAAUGGGGAGGAGUUUGUCAGUGUUCUCACAGAGCUGCUCUUUGAACUCCAUGUUGCUGCUACGCCGGACAAACUGAACAAGGCCCGAAUGAAGGCUUAUGACUGGAUAAGAGAGACUGAGAGACUGAGCCCCGUUACCAAGGACGAAUCAGAGGAAGUGAAGGCAGAGAACUCAGAGUCGCCUCCCGCAGGAAAGGAGGAUGGAGCCGAAAAACAAGAAGAGGUGACGGGAGAACAGGGGAAACACAUGGAGCAAAGCAAGAUGGACAAUGUUGAGAGUGUGUAUCAGUGGUCUAUAAGCAGUCUUGCGGAGGUGACAGCUCGGAGUAUAGAGCAGCUCCAUAAAGUGGCUGAACUCAUCCUGCACGGACAAGACGUGGAGAAACCAGCCAGCCAGCAGGCCAAGAUACUUUCCAGGCUGACCUGUGCUAUGUGUAAGGAGGUCAGCUGUCUGGCUCGCAGAUUUACAGAUACACUUGUGGCUGUAGGGAGUCGGAGGAAAGCAGAAGAACUGAAUCCUCUGGUGAACAGCGUGACGCUUGAGGGCUCGAACAGCACCACCUACAUCCACAACGCAUUCCAGCUUCUGCUGCCAGUUCUGCAGAUCUCCCACCUCCAGACCAACAGAGUCCCGGCUAGAACCGAACCAGAACCAGAACCAGAACCAGCUCCUACAGACUGACCUGCUCACCCCAUGUGUGUGUGUGUGUGUGUGUGUCUACGCAAACAAACGUGCAAUGUUCAGCAAGCCUGUGUUUGUAUCACUUUUUCUUCCAGGGAACUCAUCUCCAUACAGACGCUUAGGAUCAAAUCAAUAAGAAAAACCUUCUAAAAGAGCAACAUCCUCGUAACAGGAUCUUGUACCGUGAGGUUCGUCACCGUACAGAGGAAUGCAAAUGUUUUUAAUAAAAUGAGUCAGUCACAUGGUAGUUGGUUGGGAGGGGGCACUUUGUUGUUGGUUGAUGGUUCAAAUCCUGUCUCCGUCCCCAUGUGCGCAUGUGGAGUUUGCAUGUUCUCCUCAGGGUUCUCUGGUUUCCUCCUUCAGUCCAAAGACGUAUUGUACAUUGAUUGGUAUCUCUAAAUUAUCCAUAUGUGUGUGUUUGUGUUCAAUUGCGCCCUGCAGUGUGAUGCCACCCCUUCCGCAGUUUGUGCCUCGAGUCCCCUGGACUAGACUCCUGCUGCAAAUCACAGGCUUACGUUACAUAACGCACUCGUUCUUAUACACUGUUGUUGCUAUAGUAACAGCUCAUACAGGCGACGCUCCUCAUAACCGACGACUAAUAAGAAACAGAUUAGAAAUGUCUUAUUUAAUAAAGUACAACAUACGGUGAAGCUUUUUUGAAAGGUUUAACAUUUCUGGAAGAGUCUCCCGUGUCAGGGCUUUGUUUUAGCCGGAGGUAACGAUGGAGCUUUCGGUUUUCCUCUACAGAAAGAAAGUUAUGCUGAUCUUAGCAAGUUUAAAGUCUAAAGACAAGCCGGAUAUACGUCUAAAGACAAGCCGUUUAGAAACGAAAACAUGACUGAAUUUAUUUAAUUACCAAAGAUCUGUAAUUCUUAAACAUUUCCAUGGCAUAGAUUUCAUGGCAUCUUCACACCGAGACUCACUUUAGCUUGUAAUGUUUUAAAACAUUAGCAAAGCAACGUUGUACAUAUUUUUGACUUUUCCAUUCAUGACCAAAUAUUUAAUUUUGAUCUGUGAGUAAAUUAAAUUACGGCGCUCCGUACCUCAGAUAUCAAUUUAUUUUUCAGAACAUCUUAUCUGAUAAAAAAUACUAUUUAGACAUCGUGCACUAUUAUACAGAUGAAAUAUAUUAAACUGUUAUAUUAAAUUGCCGUUGCCUUACUGACAAUGAUUCACAUAGUCAAUAUUAAUAAAAACAAAAUGACCAGCCAUUAAA